AUGAACAUCGAGAAAAUUCUCACUAAAUACAUCGCUAAUAAAGAAGAACAUUUAACCCUACAAGAUUUACUAUUGUCGGAGCGAGCAUCUGGAAAAAAAACAGUCGUUGUUGAUGCUUUGAUUUGGUUGACUAGAGGGCUGAAGAUGAUUCAUUUGUUUGUCGACAGAGUAGUAGAAAAUGCAAGAGCAGUUCCACCGAAAACGGGCACCGAAGCUGAAGAUCUUGUUGCCAAUAUAAAAAAUUCUUACAAAGAAUCAUUGGAGUCUUAUCAUGGCUGGAUGGCUCAGCAAUUGUUCGGAUUAUUAACGAAAAUGGCACCGACCAAGAGCCAAUUGUUGCUGUCUCUCGCUAACAAUCUACCGAACCAAGAAGCCGUCACACUGAAUGCCCUGGAAAAUUUGAGCAGAGGCUUGAAAGAUAAUUUGGUUGCUUUGAAUUAUUUUUUUCGUGAAAAUCGCUUUGUUUAG